AUGUCGAACUACGCAUUCUCCGUGGACGACUGGCCACUCAAGGAUGAGAAUGGAAACCUCAUCAGUUACAAACCCGAUGUUUCCAGCCCGCCGCUACAGCGAGGAGUUCUCCGCGCAUCCUCAAGGGAAGCACCUGCGGUCCCAUGGUACAGGCUGGUGGAACAAUUCGAUCCCAAUCACACGAGACUCAACUUCGUUGGCUUUCAUGUGCCACACACGAUCGAUGCCAGCGGAUUCGACAAGGUGCGUGACAGUCUUCGUACUCUUUUUCAGAUCGCCUUUCCGUUCACAGAGGAGCCGCGCAUCAGAAUGAAUCACGGCAAUUCACGUGGCAAGAAGGGAACCUAUGUCGGCUUCGAUACACCCAGCACCAACGUGCGUUCUGGCGACAUAGUAGCUGCUGCUGCUACGUACGAAUGGAAGGCAGACGGUCAUCUGCUUGGAAAACCUUGGUACGUAGGCAUUCCGACCAACGAACUGCUCCUACCGGUCCAGUUCCUCGGAGUGCCCGAGGCUUGCAAAGAGCGCUUCAUCGACGCCUUGCCGGAAUACCUCACAACGGAGCUCGAUCCAUACGAGGCCCUCCAGAUCGUCGACAUAUGGGAGUCGCAGUCGCGACGGUCGCAAGAGUCACCUUGGACUUUUGACGGCAGGGUCCUUGCCCUCGUCGCGGUCACCGACACUGACCCCGACCCCUCGAUCACGUGUGUUAAUCACAUCGCCAGCAACUGGCCUGGGUGGUUCCAUUUCGAGGACGAGUGUCUUAUCAAGCUCCAGUACCCCAGCCGCUUCAAGUUCUGCGAGUUUUGCCUGCACACCGCUCAAGAUCUAUCCGGUCCCAAUCAACGUCACACGGACAAAGCCUGUAUCAAGAUCACAUGCGGCGUUUGCGGCCACAUUGGCCACAAUAGCGCCGAGGGCAAGCCGGACCCAGACGGGGAGAACAAGAAGGCCUGCGAACAGGGAAAGAAGAGAAGGAACGAGGAAAGAGAGGAAGCUCGCAAGAGACAGAGGAUUGAAAACGAGAAAAGAGCAGCUGAGGAGGAAGCUGCCAGGAAGGCAGCCGAAGAGGAGGAGGCCAGGAAGAAGGCUGAAGAGGAAGGAACAGCCAAGACGGCCGACGACGCUGCCGGCGCCUCGUCUGCGGACACGACGCCAACAGGCGCAGAGGUCGAGAAAGACGUCGAGGGUAACGACGAGGACGAGGUCCAAGAGAAGGGUGCCGAAGGGGCGACCGAAGCGGCCACGGAGAAGGGCCAGGACGCUGCCAGCAAGGACAACGCCGCCGGGCCUGAGGGAGAAGGCGACGACAACGAGGCCGAGGUCAAGGUCGAAGAAUCGCUGUAA